GACCUCGUGAAGCUCGGCAAGGACGCGGACGACAGGCGUGCGCGUGCAGAACCCUGGAAAGGUGGCUCCGGCGAGGCGGCAGCACCGGCCGAGGAGGGAGUCAGCGGCGAAGGCAGCAAAAUGGAGACCGACGCGGGACAGGAGGAGGCUCCUAAGACCGAGUCCAAAGCCAGGGCCCCCACGGGCGGCCCAGGCAGCAAGAAGGCCAAGGGGGAGAGCGUGCCGCAGCGUGCGCUGGACCACAACACGUGGGACCUCGGAGGCACCGGGGACUGCUUCUACCGCGCGGUGGGCGCAGCCACGGCGAUCAACGAAAAGGGCACUAGCGGCAAGGAGCGGACCCGCGAGGACGUCCAGCGGAACAUCGUGGGGCUGGCGGCGAAGCUGCGGGCCGAGUCCGUCGGCCUGAUCAGGAAGCACCGGCUCUGGGAGGCCGCCUGGGUGCAGGACCCCUCGACCAACCAGACUCUGGAAGACGGCCCAGUACCUACCAGCUGGGAGACUUGGGUCACGGCCUGCGCGAGGCAGAACCGCUGGGUGGAUGAGUACGCCGCCGCGGCGCUCGCCCUCCGCCUCGAACGCACCAUCGUCGCCUUCUACUGGCACGGUGGCAAAUGGGUGAAAGGCUGGACUUUCAACCCGCCUGCAGACACGAACGACCCCGUCCUGGAAAGGCGCAGGAGGAAGGCUCUCUCGCGCCCGCCGGUGCCGGUCUGCCUCAGGGACCAGCACUACUUCACCCUCCACCUCAACCAGGGCGAGAAGGACUGGCCGAAGGAAUGGGCCGAGCCGCCGGAGGAGGAGGUUCCUUCGAGCCAGCUCCGCGCCGGUGCAGCCGACGGGCACAGCGACCUGGACGACUGGCAAGGCUCGCUCGCCCCGCCCGGCACCUUCGCUGGGGAGCUGGUGCAGGAGCGGCGCAGGCACCGCGACCAGCGGCAGCGCGCGGACGAGGCGCGGAGUGCUCCCACGACCCAGCCACCAGCAGACAGCCUCAACCCGCGCGGUUCGACGGCGACCGAUGUGGCGCGCGUGGGCGAUGUGGACAGCGACGAGGAAGCCGUCGCGUGGCCCGCUCCCAAAAAGUACGGAGCACGCCAGGCACGACAGCAGUACCUGGCACGGGGCAGCACGACCUCGUGGUCAUGCCCGCUGUGUGCAGCACAAGGGGUACAUUGGUCCUGCGAUGCCCAACUCAGGGCCGGAGGUGCACCCAAGAACCCGAUCGGUGGCGUCCAGAGGCUGCUGUACAAGCGGCGUCAGGCACACCUGAAUAAGUGCCACCCUGGUGUGGACAAGGCACCGCUCUCGCUCAAGCCCGCGACCGAGGCGGUGGAGCCGAAGACGGCGGAAGAGUGGAGGGCGCUCCUGCAGCUGCCUGUGGGGCCCAUCCCCGAGGCUUACGCCGCCACCAAGUGCAGGUACUGCGAGAAGACCUGGCCGGCGCACGUGCAGGGCCACCAGCUCACCAAGUCCGUGCGGGCCCAUCAUGUGAAGGAACACGCGGAGCAGAGGCAGCAACGUGCCCAGACCGUGAGGGCCAGCAAGGCGGAACAGCGUGCACGCAGAGAGGCAGGCCUGGAGCCGCUCCCUCAGAACGUGUUCCAGCAGAGGACGCAGAAGCGGCUAUACUGGAGGGACCCGGCAGCCGUCGCGGCCUACCGGAAGACGCUCAAGGACCGCCGCCGGGCUGCUGCUGCCAUAGGCGCGACGCCCAGGAAGAUUCUCAAGCGCCCGGCGGCGCAG